AUUUCAUUAUGCUUUUUUUUUUUUUUUUUGGCGUUUGGGGUCGAUUUGGUUUAUCAAUAACUAAAUGAAACUAAGUAUAACCACAUGUUAACAUGGGGGCGGAGCACUCGUAUGAAAACGACGCCCAUUUUUUCCCUGUAGGCACUUACGCUAACUCCGUUAGCAAAAGAUAUAAAAAUAUACGAUGCUAACUCACUAAAGGUUUGUCAAAAAACAAACAAACAACAUUUUAUCCACCCUUUCUCCUCUGUUCACUCCAUAUGUACCAGUCCGAAAAGAGUCAAGAACACCAAAAUGUUCAGAUCACAUGUGAGUGUGACAACCAUUCGGCAAGUCGUGGAAAUUAACACAAAGCACCGGCUUUUUUCACCUGGGAAACUAACACCUGGGAAGAGGAUUGUGGGCUCAAUGAGGUGGGAGAGCAGCACCAGACCUGCCCCUCUGUUGACAGCCACUCCUGUUCGCACUCUUGUAGACGAACAGACCUGCAUCAAGGCCAGUUUCCUCCCUUCAAAUCAUCCCGUCACAGUCUGUGCUCGAAUGCGCAGCGAUGAAGGAGACCUGUGGCAGUCAUUCGCUCAUUACAACACAAAUUCCAGCGGCAUGUUUAACUUGAACAGCGAUCACUCGGUGGGAGGCUCUUAUUCUGGCUGUGAGCCGAUGGGACUCUUCUGGAGCAUGCAGCCAGCUCCUGGAGAAAGAGAAGGUUUGAGGCUGAGAAAGAAAUGCGUGGAAAGUCCUUACACAGUGCAGAUUUCCCUACUGGAGGGCCACGUCUCACCCAAUCAAGAUCCGGGGAAGGAGGUGGCAGCUGUAACCGCUGAACGCUGGUACAUGUCCCCAGGAGUGAAGAGACAAGAAAUUCGUCAAAAUGGACUUGUAGGAACAUUAUUCAUCCCUCCCGGGCCAGGGCCGUUUCCCGCUAUGUUGGACAUGUGGGGAAUGGGGGGCGGUCUGCCGGAGUAUCGCUCCUCCCUGUUUGCAUCCAGAGGUUAUGCUAGUUUUUGUCUCGCUUAUGUGGGUCACAAAGACUUACCUGGUCCAUCAAACACCGUUAAUGUUGGAGAUUCCUAUUUCAAGGCAGCCUUCCAGUUUCUUCAGGAGCAUUCCCAGAUUUCUGCAGACAGAAUUGGAAUCGUCGGUCUUUCAUAUGGAUGUUAUUUGACGUUGCACACUGGUACAUUACCCGGAGUUAAACCAGCCUGUUUGAUCGGUAUCAACGGUCCAGUGGGGAGUUCAAGGGAGCUCCUUCAUGUCAAUGUGACAACAAAAAAAAGUGAUCAGGACCAAGUAUUUUGGAGCUUUGAUGAUCAAGGCUAUAUCAUAUUUAAGCAGACUUCUCUUCCCUCUAAUCUGCAUCCUGAAAGCAUUGUGAAGCUGGAGGAGAUCACCUGUCCACUGAUGUACAUAGUGGGUGAAGAUGAUCUGAGUGCUUCAAGCAUAGAGAAUGCAGAUCUGAUAGAGAAAACUCUGAGGGCUGCAGGUAAAUCUCACCUGUUUACCCGGCUGUCUUACCCCGGUGCCGGUCACCUGAUUGAGCCUCCGUACUCGCCCAUGUCAAGGGCGUCCUUCUGGGUGAUCAAACCUGAAAAGCUGAUGACUUUAUGGGGAGGACAUCCUGCUCCACACGCCGCUGCCCAGGAAGAUGCCUGGAGGAAGAUGCUGGCAUUUAUGGAGCUCAGUCUGAGGCGUUGAAGCCUUGAAACCUGAGACAUCUGGUCUUAAAUGGAACAUUUAACUUUAUCUUGUAAGUUUUUGCUCUGGAAGUUAAAGAGUGGAGGGGCCAGAUUCUCCUCAAGAGGGAAUAAUUUUCCCAACAUUUGUCAUCAUUCUUAAAAUAAAUGCAUCAUUCAUCUUCAAGUAGGAAUUUUAUUCAAUUAGACAAACAUUCAUAACAAUAAAUAAUAUAUAUUUGUAAUUACCAUACAGUUUUAGUGCAAGUCG